GUCUCCUUGCCGGGAAAGAGUACGCGCCAGUGUAGUAUGAUGUGCGUUCUGACUAGUGCUUCACACCCAGCCGGUGCAUUUCCCAGCCUUCAGGAGUUCUCCACAAAUGAGCCAAAGAUUUGUCAGUACGCGCUAACUUGAGAAAAUUAGAAAUCAAACUGGGGGAUGAUUGUUCUGUGCUUCUGAACGGACUUGUGCUUUUUUGUUUCGACCGGACUUAUUGAAUCCUUGUAGGCUAAACAUGGGGUUAUCCCGAAAUGAAACGGAAAUUUGGACUGAGGAGCAUAAGGACACGAACCACACGACCGACAGUUUCGGUCCGGAGGUUGUUAUUGUGCCCGUCAUAUUUGGAUGUAUAUUUUUCGUGGGUAUCAUUGGAAACACUCUAGUGAUGGUUGUCAUUGGGAAAAUAAAGUCGAGGCGCUCGAGAAGCACCACUAACAUUUUCAUCCUAAAUCUCAGUAUAGCAGAUUUAUCUUUCCUCCUGUUUUGCGUCCCGUUUCAGGCCACCAUAUACUCUCUUCCCGAGUGGAUCUUCGGGGCUUUUCUGUGUAAAUUUGUGCACUAUUUUGUCAUGGUCAGCAUGCUGGUAAGCAUUUUCACGCUUGUGGCCAUGUCGGUGGACAGGUACAUUGCCGUGGUGCUCUCCAAAAAGUCCCCGUGCAUUCGCAGCCGGAGGAAUGCGCUCAUUGGCGUCUGUGUCAUUUGGAUGCUUUCCUUCAUCUUUGCAGUCCCGGCUGCGCAGCACCAAAUUUUGACGGAUCACCCCAAUGCUCCCAAUAGCACGUUCUGCUGGGAGAUAUGGACCGAACGGAUGGCCAAGCACACUUAUAAAGUGACUAUUCUCGUGACUGGGUAUCUGUUACCGUUGGUUUUGAUCACAUGCUGUUAUGCCAAGGUAUUGUACCAUCUUCAUAAAAAAAUGAAAAAUAUGUCCAAGAAGUCUGAACGGUCAAAGCGAAAGACAGCUCAGACGGUGUUGCUGGUUGUCGCUGCCUUCCUCAUCUGCUGGAUGCCGCACCACAUUAUCGCUAUGUGGGUAGAAUUUGGCCAGUUCCCAUUGAAUGAUGCUUCGUUUGCGUUUCGCAUCAUCUCUCACUGCCUAGCCUAUGGAAACUCCUGUGUCAACCCCAUUCUUUAUGCCUUCCUCUCUGAAAACUUCAGAAAAGCCUGCAAGCAGGUCUUCACGUGCCGCUUCUUUUACUCUCCUCCGCCCGUGGAGAAAGUGGUGCGCAUUCGCAUGGAGAACUUCUCCAUGACACAUUCCACCACUAACAUGUGA